AUGACAGAUCUUCAUCCAACCCAAGUACAAGAGUAUUCUCAGGUCUCGGUUCUCAACCACUCCCCUCCCAUCAUUCCAGACCAGCAGUGCCAGUCAUCUACCCACCCAAAGAAACCCCCUCUCGCCGCCGCUGCAACAAUGGGCUCAACAACGCAAAAGGUCUGGCUCAUCACGGGCUGCUCCUCGGGCUUCGGCAAGGAAAUCUCACUCGCCGCCCUCGCACGGGGUGACAUCGUCGUGGCUACUGCCCGGAAGCCCGAAAAGCUCAAAGCCCUCGCGGCCAAGGGCGCCAUCACGGCGAGGCUGGACGUAACGGCCAGUGACGACGAGCUGGCCACCAUCGUCAAGUCUAUCGUGGAGAAAACGGGCACAAUCGAUGUUCUUGUUAACAACGCCGGCUACAUCCUUGCCGGCGCCGUCGAGGAGUGUAGCAGCGCCGAGGUGCAGGCCCACUUCGACACCAACGUCUUCGGCCAGCUUAAUGUUAUCCGCGCCGUACUGCCUAUCAUGCGCCGUCAGCGUAGCGGCGUCGUCGCCAACCUCGGAAGCAUUGGAGGCUGGCACGGCAUGGCCGCUGCCGGCCUGUAUUGCGCGACCAAGGCCUGUGCCUCUAUUAUCUCCGAAUCCCUGGCUGCUGAAGUCGCCCACCUAGGCAUCGCCGUUACUUGUAUCGAGCCCGGAUACUUCCGGACGGAUUUCCUGUCCGGCACUAACAAGCUUCGCGCCGCGAAUGUCAUCGACGAUUUGGUACCCGGCGUUAAAGACAAUAUUGAGCUCCUCGAAAUCGCCAAUCAGAAACAGCCCGGGGACCCAGUCAAGGCCGCUAAGCUCAUUGUUGAGGCUCUGACAGGAACGGGGCCUUGCGAGGGACGCAAGCUACCUCCGAGGCUGGUCGUGGGGAGGGACGCCUAUGGCAUUGUCAAAGGAUGUAUCGACGAGAAUCUGUCCAGCCUUGAGUCGUGGAAGGAUUUGACUACGACGACGGACUGUGAUGACGUUUUGCCUCGAAAAUUAGGCAGUGAGGACCACGAACAGUGCAUCCUGAGUUCACGGAGCUGGGAUGCGUUGCUCAUGCCCAGACUUGAGAGACGUCAUUUUGGCCAGGUUGAUCCAACGACCCCAUUUGCCUUCAUCAUGGGUUCCAGCAACGCGCCAACAGGCCCUGCCACGCGCGAGGAGAUGCGCGAUGCCAAACUCCCGCUGGCCUACCGAGACAGCUGCGCCCACCUCCUGAUCCCGUUGAACCGAUGCCGUGUCGACACCUGGUACCUGCCAUGGAAGUGCUCGGAUGAACGGCACAGCUACGAGAAAUGCCAAUACGACGAAUUCAAGAAGCGCGUGGCCAAGAUGGACGAACUGCGAGAGAGCAAGGGCGGAGCGCGAUCAAACUGAUCGCCAUACCUGUCGAGCACGAAGAGAACGAGCUACAGAGAGGAUGUGUACAUAUACAGAUGUUUGCGUGGUGAGGGACGCAUCGGGAGGGCGGUUAUAGACGGGUUCAAUCUAUGCCAUUGUGUCUGCAGAGAAGCACCAGAUCACUGCAGUCGAGGUUCGCCGGGUUCCUCGUUUUUCACCUGGAAUCGUGAUAUGCCAGGGAAGUUCUUCGGCCAUCAGGGACAACAGGCAACAACGACAGCACUAAAUCAAGAUCCGUGGACACUGGAAGAUGGAGGACAAUACGGGUAUCUAAUGCUAACAAUGGUAC